AAAACAAUUCUUGAAACUCUCAGCUGUUAUUACGGUAUCGAUAAUUUUCAUUAAGUUUUUCCACAAAUACUAAAACUAUAACAAAAAUGUAAAAAAUUGCGGAUUAUUUGCUUUAAUUAAUUAGAAAUACUCUUCAAAAAACAGCAUUUUUAUAAGAAGUGAUGGAAAGUGAUAAAAUACUAAUGGCUGCUGGUGUUACAUUCGCGGCUGUAGUAGGCGCAUUUGUUUUCUGGGGCCCUUCGGGUUCUUCACGUCUACGUCAGCGUCGGGGUCAGAUAGCAGGUCUGCAUAACUUUGGCCAAACAUGCUUUUUGAAUACUCUACUCCAAGCCUUAGCAGCUUGCCCGCAAUUUAUCGCUUGGUUGCAAUUGUACAAUAAUGCCACACCAGAUCGCAAAAGCCUUAUUAGCUCAUUGUUAAAUACUUUGGAAGUUAUUAAUGGCACCCACGCAACUUUACGCGGCGAUCCUUAUUCACCCGGAGGUGUUUUGCGGGCUUUGAAUUCUCUGGGUUGGGUUAUACCUCAGGAGGAACAUGACGCUCAUGAGUUAUUUCAUAUUAUGCUAUCCUCAUUAGAAGAGGAAGCUCAUCGCCCAAAGCAAGUGGGUUCUUUAUCGGACGCUUUGCCUAUAGGUGAGGGUAACGGCGAGCUACUUAAUCGGCCUUCAAGUGCCAUGCUAACUGAUUUUCUGAACGCUGAUUAUGAUGAGGCCACCGGAAUUGCACGCUUAGUUCGCUCUGAGGCCCAUACACCUGAUUCACCGGCAUCUGUCGUUGAAAGGGAAUUAGCAGGAGAUCACUUGUCAGCGAAAGCCGAUCCAACUGAUUUUCUGGAAGCUGAUCUCUUCGCCAUACCUAUGCUGGGAGGCCAAAUCGACAGACCUAGUCGUUCAAAGGAAGUUAUUAACAAACGAGUAUCUAAUGCGUAUCGUUCGUUGGAACGUUUAAGCCGCGGUCCCGGCAAGGUGUCUAUAUGGUCUGAACAAAUGCCUACACAAGUACCACAUCCAUUUCAAGGCGCUAUGGGUACCCAAAUCAUUUGUAACGCCUGCGGCUUUAAGUCUACCGUGCGUUAUGACAAAUUUGAUAGCAUCACAUUAAAUUUGCCGUCACAAAAACGUACGGGUCUCAGUUUGGGCCAAUUGUUAAGUGAUUACAUAACUUCGGAAGAUGUUACGGAUGUCAAGUGUGAAACAUGCAAAGAAACCACUACUCACACGAAGUCUUUGACAUUUGCGAAAUUACCGGCUUGUCUUUGCAUACAUAUUGCUCGCACCAUUUGGUUACCAACAGGGCAAGUAUGCAAGCGUCAAGAUUAUGUACAUUUCCCCGAAAGCUUGUCAAUGGCACCCUAUAGUUUCGUACAACCACACUUAAAUAGUCAGGCUGGUACUCCUUGGGGUUCUACUAUGUCAUUGUUCUCUUCUAGUCUACCUAUGAACAAUUUGGGUGAAUCAUAUGGAAGUGUGAGUAAUAAAUUUGGACCCAUGUUUCCUCGUAAUCUCUACCGUUUAUUGGCUGUGGUUGUGCAUUCAGGUGAAGCUAAUUCCGGUCAUUUUGUUACUUAUAGAAGAGGUGCUCUACGUAACGCUCAUCGUUGGUACUAUACUUCCGACACUGUGGUGCGAGAAGUUUCGAUUGAUGAGGUUUUAAGUGUACCAGCUUACUUAAUAUUCUAUGAUCGUCAUUCUCAAAGGCCAAUGCGUUAAUUGCGUUUAUUUGGCAUUUUGUCGCAUUUCUGAGUAUUCCUUUUGUCAAAGAUCUCCCCUUCGUCUACCUACAUGAAGGAGUAGCAAGCAACAAACAUAUAUUUAAUAUACAUUUAUAAAUAAAAAAAAAAUACAUACAAUUAACUCAUAGAGAAUCACA